CCAUGGUUUUUCUCUUGUCCAGGAAGGUAUUUCUAGUUAUGGAGCCAUGAAGAGAUUGGGCAUUGGAGACCAACCAAAGGCAGAUAACAAAUUGAGGAGCCUUUAUUCUUGGAAAGCUGCUAGAACUUCAGCGGAAGAAUUUCCUGUGCCUGAUGAGUUACCAUCACUGCCUCUAGAAUUCAGCGAUCAGUUUCAAUCAAUGGACCCUCCUGGAGACAUACUUUCUGCAGCUUCUUGCUCUGAUGUGUCGGCAUGCUGUUGGAGUCCAAGGUCAUGAUGAGUGACCACAAGAGAGGAGACAGUGGGUGCUUCGAAGAGGUGACAAUUCCUCCACCAGAUUUGCAACAAUUUAGGGAAGUCUGAGGCUUAAAACCCCCACAGUACCUGCACUUUAGUGAAGUUAUAGAGAUUAUGUAAAUAAU